UUCCUAUAAUCUGUAAAACACGUUUAAAAAGUGAACAAUUUUCCAGUUCUCAUGUGUUGUUCUCUUUCGUUCAGUAACUCUCUUUACGCCAAGAUGGCUACCCCUAUCAGCAAAAAGAAAAAGUUUGUCAAAGAUGGUGUGUUCAAGGCAGAACUUAACCGCUUCCUUACCAAUGAAUUAGCUGAGGAUGGUUAUUCUGGAGUGCAGGUUCGCCAUACCCCAGCAAGAACGGAAAUCAUUAUUCUUGCCACCCGUACUCAGAAUGUACUGGGUGAGAAGGGCCGUCGCAUCAGGGAGUUAACAUCUCUGGUGCAGAAGAGAUUUGGUUUUGCUGAUGGAACUGUUGAACUCUAUGCAGAAAAGGUUGCUCAGCGAGGGCUUUGUGCCAUUGCACAGGCAGAAUCACUUCGAUACAAACUGGUGGGAGGCUUAGCUGUCAGGAGAGCAUGUUAUGGUGUCCUCCGCUUCAUCAUGGAGUCUGGCGCAAAGGGCUGUGAAGUUGUCGUCUCGGGUAAACUUCGAGGUCAGAGAGCCAAGAGCAUGAAGUUCACAGAUGGUCUCAUGAUCCAUUCAGGAGAACCACGCAGGCAUUAUGUGGAUACUGCUGUUCGUCAUGUUCAUUUACGUCAAGGUGUGCUGGGUAUUAAGGUAAAGAUUAUGUUGCCGUGGGACCCAACUGGUAAGAAUGGUCCUCGAACACCUCUCCCAGAUCACAUCAACAUUGUUGAGCCCAAGGAAGAAGUUUUGCCAACCGAGCCUCAUUCAGAGAACAAGAUGGAGAAACCUGUAGCAGUGCAAGUGCCCACCCCUGCACCAGCACCUGUACCAACUGAAUAGUUGUACUAAAAUCUUAGGGGAAAAUAAAAAA